AAAAAAAAAAUGGAGGAACCUGGAAGAAGUCGAAGUAGAUAGAGUGCUAGUAGGGUUUAGCAUCGUUGUUGUGUAUCAAGUGUAAGAAAAUGUCGUCAUCUUCAUCAAAAACCCUAAUUCGAACAGGCGUUUCUCUGAUUAGCCGUUUAAUGAGCCAAAACUUAAGAUGUUUAUCAUCAGCUCAAACUCCAGAAAUUGCAAAUCGGACCCUCACUUCUAGGCUAUUUCCAUCUCUAUCCUCUCAGUCUCCAGUUCCUCUUAAUUUACCCCAAUCCGAUGUUGAUUCGUUCAAAAAGGUUUCCACUGAAGGUUUCUUAUAUCCCACUGGCCUUCCUUCUCUCCCCUUUUUCCUCCCUGACGUUGAUGAUUCUUCGUCUAGUGGGAUGCUUUUGUUUCCAAAGAGAACCUACCAACCCAGCAACAUCAGGCGCAAGAGAACACAUGGUUUCUUUGCUCGCAAAGCAACAAAGGGUGGUAGGAGAGUUAUUGCUCGACGUAUUGCGAAGGGUCGAGCAAGAAUAACAGCAUAACAACAAUUUUUGUUGCGUGGUUCACAAGUUGUACGGGUCAAGGCUAGAAGGCUGAUUUAGGGCAUUUCACGGAUAACUUGAAUAGGUGAAGUAGCGAUUACUGAAAAGAAUAGGAUGAGGAGGUGAUGUUUUGUUGAGCCUCAAAUUGGAGAUUGUACUUAGGCUCCUACUUCCCAGCUUUGUCCCCAACGCUUCUUAAUAUUUUUCUUUGGAUUGAAGCUAUUUUUAUUUCCUCUAGAGAUAUGCAUGAUCUGUAAUAAGGAUUUUUUUUCAAAUGUACCCAAGUGUCCUAGAGAUUGACGUGCGAACAAUAUCACCCUUUGGUUGUUUAUGGUAAGUCACUUGAUGGUCA